AUGAAUGUAUCGGCGUCAAAGAAGCGAAACCUCAAGGAAACUCUCCGAGAAACUGAGAAACUUGUAGAGAAAAGUGCAAAACUUGGCCCAAAAGUUCGUGUUGCGGAGGGGCCACCGAGGAAAAAGAAGGCUACGAUGUCGCCCAAAGUAGAGGUGACGUCUACAAAAGCAAAGACAACAGAGAAGAUUACCGUAGCGCAAUCAACUACUCCGAACUCGUCCAAACCUUUGAUUGUCGUUGCCGGAAGCUACGACAAGAUUUUGUAUGGUCUUCAGAUAGAACCAGAAAAGGAUUCCGGGGCAGAAUUCAAGCCAGUCUUCUGUUUUCCUGCGCAUAUAUCGUGCGUCAAAGCCGUCGCAGCCAGUCCUCAAGGCGGAAAAUGGUUGGCAACUGGAGCCACAGACGAGACAAUCAAGAUCUGGGACCUACGGCGUCGAAAAGAGCUAGGAAGUCUGCAGCAGCAUCAAGGUUCUAUCACUCAUCUCUCGUUUCCGACGCGCUCCCAUCUCUUGUCAACGUCCGAAGAUGGUGUCAUAUGUCUCUACCAUACCCGAGACUGGUCGGUCCUCACGACAAUGAGGGGCCAUCGUGAACGAGUUAAUGAUCUUGCGGUUCAUCCCUCUGCCAAAGUGUGCUUGAGUGUCGGUAAAGACAGGACACUGCGCAUGUGGGACCUGAUGAGAGGUAAAGGGAGCGCGAGCAUCAAACUUGGCAAAGAAGGAGAAGGAGUUCGUUGGACACCGUUGGGUACACGCUUUGCAAUUUUUUCCGGAGUAACUAUUGAUAUCUAUUCGACGAAAAUGUCACUUUUGCAAACUAUCGACCAUCCAGCGCGUGUUCACGGCAUCGGCUUUUGUCAGGAUUCCAAGAGUCGCGAGUUUCUCUGCGUCGCCGGCGAAGACAAACAAGUAACGGUCUAUAGACUGUCAGGUAUCGAUGAUGAGGCAACUGAAACCCAUUCAUCAUCACCACCAGUCGUCUCAUAUCUCGUCGGUCAUAAGAAUCGAGUCAAGGCACUCGAUAUAUCCACCAAUAUGGGCAACACCUACGUUUCGACAGUUUCCUCCGACGGUCGGAUCCAUCUCUAUGAUAUGAGCGAGGCACUUUCCGCGGAGCCCGGUAGCGAGCCUUCGGAGAUCCAACCUAUGGCAUCCUAUGAUACGAACGGGAGUCGCUUGACCUGUGUUGUUAUUGCAGAUGGCGGUGCUGACCCUGCGGCGGGACCCUUGCAGCGCAAACGAAAACGCGAAUCAAGUGAAGAAGACAAUGAUGGGAGUAGUGAUGGAGAGGACGGAGGCUAA